AUGCGUUUGCUCUCUGCCAUCCUCUCCGUUCUUCUACCCAUCUGUCUGGCAACACCAGAAAAACGGACAUACGGUACUCACAACUACUACGUCCUCGAACACAUCUCAUCGUCCGCUUCUGUAUCGCUCUUUGAUGUUGCCCAGGCACUCGGCGUCGAGGUCGUAGAGCAAGCGGGGGAGCUUCAACACCACUGGAUAGUACGGAAAGAAAAGAGUCAGGCGGAAUUUGUUGGCAGAGGUGAAAUCUCCGACCCCGUCAUUCAAGCUUACCAGGACCUCCAUGCUCGAGCAAACUCACCACUAUCUCUUCGCUCGGAAGAGUUCAAUCAUGCACGGAGGAUCAUUUCAUCUGUAAAUUAUCUAUCCCGUCAAACUCUUCGCCGCCGGGUUAAGCGUGCACCACCUCCCCUCUCACCUCCUUCACCUUCAUCAUCUAGGGGUAUAGCUGAGCGACUGGGUAUCCAAGACCCAAUGUUUUCCCGGCAAUGGCAUCUAGUCAACGAUGAUUUCCCAGAACAUAUGAUGAAUGUAACACCUGUUUGGGACAUGGGCUUUACCGGCAAGGGCGUCAUUGCAUCUCUGGUCGACGACGGUUUAGAUUAUGAGAGUGAAGAUUUGGCUGCUAAUUUUGAUGCUGACGACUCUUACGACUUCAAUGAUCAUGAAGCCCUGCCAACACCAAAAAACUUUGACGACCACCAUGGCACACGAUGUGCCGGCCAAGUAGCAGCUGGAAAAAAUAAUGUUUGCGGCAUUGGCAUAGCCUAUGAGUCCAAGGUUGCGGGAGUCCGUAUUCUUUCCGGCCCCAUCACCGACAUUGAUGAAGCGGCUGCUCUCAAUUAUGGGUUCCAAAAUGUUUCCAUUUACAGCUGCAGUUGGGGCCCUCCAGACAAUGGACGGUCGAUGGAAGGUCCUGGAUAUCUCAUUAACAAAGCUGUUGUUAACGGCAUUAACAACGGACGAGGUGGAAAGGGCUCUAUCUUUGUAUUUGCCAGUGGCAAUGGUGCUGCACACGGGGAUCAAUGCAACUUCGACGGCUACACUAAUAGUAUCUAUUCGGUGACGGUCUCGGCAGUUGACUACAAGGGCCUUCAUCCGUACUACUCAGAGCCAUGUGCCGCAAAUAUGAUCGUCGCGUACAGCUCAGGUGGUGGGAAACACAUCGUUACAACUGACAAAGGAAAAAAUUCAUGUGCAACGACCCAUGGAGGAACCUCUGCGGCGGCUCCUAAUGCUGUCGGAGUUUUUGCCCUCGCAUUACAAGCUCGACCUGAUCUUACUUGGCGUGACGUGCAGCAUCUCUGCGUAGAAACCGCUCGGAUGAUCAACGACGACGACCCAGACUGGGAACGGACCGCGGCAGGCCGCCUCUACAGCUACAAGUAUGGCUUUGGCGUUUUGGACGCAUCUAGAUAUGUUCGAGCAGCGCAGUCCUGGAAACUCGUUAAGCCGCAGUCCUGGUUCCUUAGCAAGACCAUACAACUUGCAGAAGGAACCAUGGAUGCAUCGAAUACAUUUACGGGGGGCCAGGUCAUCGGUAAAGGAGGUAUAAAAAGCACACUCACAGUCUCAACGCAAAUGUUGAUCGACAACAACUUUGAGUCGCUUGAACACAUCAAUAUCAGAGUAUGGAUCAGUCACUCGAAACGCGGCGACGUCGAAGUGGAAGUUGUGAGCCCCCAUGGUGUCAAGAGUGUCUUGGCUAGCACACGUCAAGGGGAUCAAGCCGACACUGGUUACCCAGGUUGGACCUUUAUGAGCGUCAAACAUUGGGGUGAAGAUUCUGUGGGUGAUUGGAUCAUCAAAGUGUCAGACCAAGAAACGGAAGAACACAAUGGCACCUUCCACGGUUGGAAUAUGAUAUUCUGGGGCUCGACAAUAGACCCUUCGAAGGCGCAGAAAUUCGAGGUUCCUUUAGUCGAUAAUAUUCUCCCUCCCAUUGAGUCGACGCCUCGGCCAACCAUUCCCAGCGCAACCACAUCUAUACAACACACAAAGCCCACCUCUCUCUUACCCGGCGAUCACGGCACCGCUGAGGGUGAGAACACAAAACCCGCCUUUUCGUCCAUCAAAGAGGACGUUGCUGCUCCUACCAGUUCACCUACUUCCAUCUCCUCCACUCCCGAUGAAGGGUGGUUUUCCGACAUGUCAAGUCUUGUCACCGGCCAAAAGUGGGUCUUUGCAGCGCUUGGGGCAGUUGCCCUCUUUGGCGUUGGUGCUGGUGCAUUCUUCUGGAGACGCCGCAUGGUGAAAUCAAGAUCGCAGUAUAGUGCUUUGGCCGGCGGGGAUGACAUGUCGAUGAGUGCCGUAGGAGGACACCAGAUGACUGCCGCAACUGGCGGUCCACGUACGACGCGGGAAUUGUACGAUGCGUUUGGAGAAGUGUCAGAUGACGACGACGAUGAGCUAACAACACUUCGACCACCUCAUGCUCGUACAACUGCCGGUCUCGGCUUCCAUUCAGGUUUCCUUGAUGACGAUGACCCUUCUACCGCUGCAGGCCUAACGCCGAAAUACCGCGACCAACAAGAGCAGCCAGGAGAGCCAAGUUCCACAAACCGCGCUCCCAGCCCAAAUGGCAGCGGGGGAAGCUGGGAACAUGCCUCAUGA